CAUCCAUCUACAACAGCUGGAGGGAGGCAGGAGGCGGGGUGCGCGCGCGCGCUUCUUUCUGCUGCUCCUCCGUGCGCGCCCCCGAGCCGGAGGCAAGCUUUCUGGGAGAGCUGAGAGAACAGACGAGCGGCUGCGGGGGAGAGAGGAAGAUGGAGGUGAGGGUCGGGGAGAGACUCCUGUGGCUGGUCGUGCUUUCCACUGUGCUCUGCGUGGAUUCUGUCUACGGAAAAUACGUCAAAGGCAUCGUCGAUACCAAAGAGGACUGGGUUUUCCUCACUCGUUUUUGCUUUCUCACCGAGUUCGGGAGGCUGGAUUUUCGAUUUCGCUAUCCGAAGUCGCGCUGCUGUCAGAACAUUCUGCUCUACUUUGAUGACAGCUCUCAGUGGCCAGCUGUGUACAAGAAGACAGAAAAGAACUGCUAUGAGAAGGAAGCAGUGCUGAGACCUGAAAACAACCAGGUCAUCAAUCUCACCACACGCUACACCUGGUCAGGAUGUGUGGUGGAGGACGAUGGCGACGAGGAGGUUCUGAGCUGCGUGGGUGGUCGCAGUUUCCGCUCAGUGAGGGAGAGGUGGUGGUACAUCGCUCUCAGCAAGUGUGGGGGCGAUGGCUUGCAGUUGGAGUAUGAGAUGAAGCUGACCAACGGCCAGUCUUUCUGGACACAGCAUUUCUCUGCAGAUGAGUUUGGAAUCUUGGAGACUGACAUCACCUUCCUGGCCAUCUUUACGUUAGUGUUCUUCAUCUCCUGCUACUUUGCAUACAAUCUGAAGGGGAGACAGCUUCUUCACACAACCUACAAAAUGUUUAUGACAGCAGCAGGUGUGGAGGUGCUCAGCCUAAUGUUCCAUUGUGUCUAUUGGGGCCUGUAUGCCAGGGAUGGAGUUGGCAACGGCAGCCUGAAGAUACUCGGGAAAUUAUUGUUCUCCAUCAGUUUCCUGGUGUUCCUUCUGAUGCUCAUACUGUUGGGUAAAGGAUUCACUGUCACCAGGGCGAGGAUCAGCCACAGUGGCUCUGUUAAACUCAGCAUCUACAUGACAGUCUACACAAUCACCUACAUCAUCCUCUUCAUCUAUGAAGCUGAGUUUUUUGACCCGGGUGAGGUGCUCUACGCCUACGACAGCCCUGCAGGUUACGGUCUGAUGAGCCUGCAGCUGGUCGCCUAUGUGUGGUUCUGCUAUGCCGUGCUGGUCUCCUUGAAACAUUAUCCCGAGAAGCAGCCCUUCUACGUCCCUUUCUUUACCACAUACACACUUUGUGAUUGGGUUAUUACGAGACCAUCAGCAGCCAACAAGAACUUCCCUUACCAUGUUCGGACCUCCCAGAUUGGCAUUUUGCAGUCUAGUCCAAAAGGUGGCGAGGAAGGGGAGAGUUUCCCUCACCAUGCAUAUGGGAACAGCUCCUUCCUCGGAGAUUCUCAACCCAAUUUCACUGAACUCUUCUCCAUCCAGUCAGAUCCAGUAAAGACUGUGGAAGAGACUGUUGCUCGUAAAGGGCCUGUUGUGCCAAGGAACAGCGAACAGAAGAUCAUUACCACUGCUGCAGACUUAACCAUGAUAUUGCCACCACCUCCACCUCCGAUACCCCCACGCCCCGCCUCACGCUCACCACCAAUGCCCCCUCGUCUCCCAUCCUUCACAGAGUAUUUCAGCAUGCAGGGUGGCAGUGGAGCAAGCUAUGGGACGAAGGCAUGACGUGGAUAGGAAACAAAAACUGGCAAAAUAAUAAAGGCUACAGAGAGAAUGUACAAAUCCGGUGGGAAUCACAGUGUCAAAAUGGUCAUCUCAAAAAACAGAUGUAUUAUAGAUGCUGGGGAAGACAUGAGAAGUCAUCACAAAAGUAAAUCCCUUAAUGGUCCUUUAAACCUGCAAAUAAAAAUGACCUUUAUGGAGAAGUUAGAGGUGGGUGGCUAAGACACAAAUGCUGAGGUUGUAAAAGAAUAAAGAAGCAAUAAAUAUUUGAUGUUGACCCGUUGAAGGCACAUAGGGAAAAAGAUGACAAAGUGGAUGUAGCCAGAGCAAUAGGAUGACAGCUGUGCACAAUGUGGAAAUGAACAAAAUUCUUGAAAUACUUUCGUUUAAAAAUUUAUGAGGAUUUGAUGGUGUGCCUGGUAGAGUUUGUAAAUAGCAAAAACUGUUGAGAGCAACAAUUCUGUACAGUUUUAUUUCAAAGGAUAUUAAUUCAUGCUUUUCUUUUCCCUAAACAUGACAUUCCAGUUGGAAUAGAAAAAUCUAAUGCCAUAAUAUGUUUAAAAGUCAUUAAAAAAGAAAUGUUUUUUAUGUUUAGGACAUUUUUGAUAAAACUUAGAUAUAUUUAUGGUAUAUGGAGUCUGUUGUGUUUAUUUAUAUUCUUACUGUAUAAGCCUUCAUUGAUGCUGGUUUAUCAGAAUCGAUAUGCUGAUGUGUAACCUGUAAAUUGUCACAUUUACUCUGAGCACCUCCAGUUCAGUACUUGUAAAACAUGCAUGUUUGUGUUCUAUUUCUGGUUCGAAAAGCAGGUAAACGUGCUCCAUGUGACCAUAGAAAUAUUGGCUUAUUGUGUGUAUUGAAAUCAACACUUCUGUAAAUACAUACAAUAGGUUGCAGUAUGGGUUUUGUCUGCAACAUCUUUGUUCUUUGUUACCUAGAUAAAAGUUGUCUUGCAAAAAUGUGUAACCUAAAAUUAGAAGUAGGCAUGGGCUGGUAUGACAUUCUGAGAUAUAAGCUUGAGCAGAAAUACCACAUUUAAACACCAGAUUACACAACAAAAAGAAGCUAGGCAAUGUCACCGCGUGUAAAAGAAAAUAUGCUGUAAAAGACGGUUUUACUGUUAUUUUAAGACAAAGACAAAAUGAUCAGUUGAAAUUUUUAGCAGUCUUUAGUAACUUAUAUAAUUUAAAGCAUGGUUUGCAUCAGUAUUUAACAGUUUCUGUUUGUGUUGUGUAUGGAUUGUAAUUUGACCAUAUCAGGCCCCCAUUUCCUUCCGUUUCAUCCCAUUCACUUUUAAUUAAUAUGCCUUUAUACUCUAUUUUUAAUGUAGAAGUUCUGAUAAAUUGUGGAGACCUUUAAUUAUAAAAAAAGGAGCUGAUAUAACCUGUGUCCAAACUUACUAAAUAAUGUUAUUGUGCAACCAGAGACUAAAAAAUCUGAGUUUUCAGUUUCCUACAUGCUGAUCACUAUUGCAGGCCAGUCCCCUGUCUAUCUGUUGAUCUAUGUUUAUAAAUAUUUGUAAUUUUUUUAUAACAUGGAUUUAUGUGGAAUAUUGCUAUAGCUCUAUAACGCAGUUGGCUCAUAUUAAUUUGUAUGGAUCACUAGCUUAAGAUGAUUAUAUAUUUUCAGCAUUUGAUGUGUUCUUGAUGCUCCCUGCGGGCUCCUAAAAUAACGUCCCCUAUAUAACUUGAGAGGGUCAGAUCCUGAGCGUAAUUUUACAGCAGUCUGAGCUCUGAUUAAACACAAGAGCUAAUGCUGAAACGUAUUCUUUCCUUUAGCUUAACACGGAGGAGGCAGAUCUUGUGAAAAUAAACAGUAUUAACAGUUUUCAAAUUUCUGCUGUUUGCAAAUAUCCUUUUGACAAAAAACAAGCUCAUGUUAGCAUGCAGCUGUGUCACACAUGGGAAAGGUUGCUUUCAUUUUUCGGUGUAAUUGCUUCUUAUUUCCUUACAGUCACUUUUGGUAACUAGAUG